AUGUCUAAACCUCAAAACGAUCCACUUUUGCAAGCCGAAACAACUUGUGGGUCACUUCUGUAUGAACUUCAGAUAAUAUGGAACGAAGUUGGAGAGUCUGAGGCUGACAGAGAUAGAAUGCUGUUUGAACUUGAACAAGAGUGUCUAGAAGUGUACAGAAGGAAGGUAGAUCUGGCAAAUCGGUCUAGAGCUCAAUUAAGGCAGGCAAUUGCUGAUUGUGAGGCAGAACUUGCAGCCAUCUGUUCAGCAAUGGGAGAGCGACCUGUACAUAUUCGGCAGUCUGAUCAAAAUGCUGGAAGCCUGAAGGAAGAGCACUCAAGAAUUCUUCCACAGUUGGAGGAGAUGCAAAAAAGGAAGUCUGAGCGUAGAAAUCAAUUUAUAGAAGUUCAAGAGCAAAUUCAAAGUAUCUCAAUUGAGAUUUAUGGUCCCAGAGAGUAUAUUCCUGCCAUUGUAGAUGAAACUGAUUUAUCCUUGAGAAAACUUGAAGAAUUACACAGACAGCUUCAUGCACUUCAAAUUGAGAAGAAUGGUCGCCUCAAGAAGGUCCAGGAGCACUUGUAUGCUCUAAAUUGUCUUUGUUCAGUGCUUGGUUUGGACUUUACACAGACAGUCAAUGGAAUUCAUCCCAGUUUAGGAGACUCAGAUGGAUCUAAGUGUGUAAGUAAUGAUACCAUCCAGCAAUUGGCUGUUGCUGAACAAGAAUUGCGGGAAGUUAAAUUACAGAGAAUGCAGAAGCUCCAAGAUCUUGCAACAACAAUGUUGGAGCUCUGGAACUUGAUGGAUACACCUAUUGAAGAGCAACAGAUAUUUCAGAAUGUUACUUGUAAUAUAGCUGCUUCAGAACAUGAAGUAACUGAACCAAACACCUUGUCCGUGGACUUCAUCAAUUGUGUUGAGGCCGAAGUAUCUAGGUUAGAAGAGUUGAAAUCAAGCAAAAUGAAAGAGCUUGUAUGGAAGAAGAGAACAGAGCUGGAGGAGAUUUGUCGAAAGACUCGUUUGGUUCCAGAAGUAGAUGGUGCAUUGGAAUACGCUGUUGAAGCUAUAGAAUCUGGAUCCAUGGACCCUGCUUGUUUGCUUGAACAAAUUGAACUUCAGAUUGCCCAAGUCAAAGAGGAAGCUUUUAGCAGAAAAGAAAUACUUGAAAAGGUUGAGAAAUGGUUGGUAGCGUGUGAUGAAGAGUCUUGGCUUGAGGAAUACAACAGGGAUGAAAAUCGAUACAAUGCUGGGAGAGGUGCUCAUCUUACUCUCAAGCGAGCUGAGAAAGCUCGUGCCUUGGUUAACAAAAUGCCAGCAAUGGUAGAUGCUCUGACUUCAAAAACUAUAGCAUGGGAAAAGGAAAAAGGCAUUGAGUUCGCAUAUGAUGGUAUUCGUCUACUCUCUAUGGUUGAAGAGUACAAUAUAUUACGGCAAGAGAAAGAGCAAGAACGUCGUAGGCAGCGGGAUCUGAAGAAACUUCAGGGACAAAUUAUAGCGGAACAGGAGGCACUAUAUGGGUCAAAGCCAAGCCCUUCAAAGCCUCAGAGUGUAAAAAAGGCACCUAGGAUGUCAACUGGAGGUGCAGCUAGUAGAAGAAUCUCCCUUGGAGGAGCAAUGCUUCAAACUCCAAAACCUGAUUCAAAAGCUACUCAUUCACGUGCCAUGAAAAAGACUGACAAAGCGCACCAAUUUGAGCAACUAAAUUACCUGGAUGAUAGCGUUUCGGGUUUAUCAUCAGCUAGAAGAGGGCUGGAUAUUGCUGGUGUUCCUAUAAAAAAGCACUCAUUUGGUUCUGGGAGUGCUCACGGCAUAGAAUCUCCUCUGACCCGACAACCUUUUUCUCCCAUCUCGUCUAAUGUAUCAUCAUCAAAAGAUGAAAUGAAUAUACAGAGUGAGAAGUUGCUGAAAACCAUGCCACUUAACAAUGUGGCAUUCACUACUCCCUCCAAGACAGCUACUGUUGUAGAUGAAGAGAAUAGAACACCAAAGGCAAUGCCUAUUCCUGUCCCAGCUACACCUUCUACGGUGUCAGUUCCAAUGAAUAUGGCCAUGACUCCAGCUCCUUCAUCAGUUAUGUUGAAUAUGGCCAUGACUCCAGCUCCUUCAUCAGUUCUGUUGAAUAUGGGCGUGACUCCAGCUCCCUCAUCAGUUCCUCAAGAGAUUGAAUAUUCCUUCGAGGAAAGAAGGCUCGGUUUUGUUUUAGCAUAA